CAUGUAUGCUAGACACCUCUUUCAUCUUGCAUGUACCCACUCUUUACUCGGACCAACCUUCUCAUUCUAACGAUAUAAGUUAAAUUUCAACCAUUUUCUUAUAUUCACCCAUCCUUAUCAUAUCAGACGCGCGUAUCUUGACUUCUCAGCAUCGAAACCACCGUGCGAUAUUAAAAUACAUAUUAGAUCAGAAUCACCGAUUUUAAAAUAUCUUCCGGCAGCGCCCGCCGCAGAAUGCGAUGUUUGUUCGAAACAACAAUAUCCAGUUUCCCACUAGCAGUUUUACUCACCACCAUAGGAUGGAGUCUUCAACUCCUCUUCUAUUCAGAGGGAAUGCCGAAUCGCAACAGCGUGAAUCCGACGACGAUGACGGACAGAAGCAGAAGCAGAAUGCAAAUUCUUCUUCUAUACCAUCACCAACUCUCACACUUACCACUCUUGUAGCUGUUUUUGGUUCUUACGUUUUCGGAACUGCUAUCGGGUAUUCGUCCCCUACUCAAUCUAGAAUCAUGAUUGAUAUCAAUCUCGGUGUGGCACAGUUUUCAAUUUUCGGUUCAAUUUUGACAAUUGGAGCUAUGAUUGGUGCCGUUGUCAGCGGUACGAUAGCAGAUUACGCUGGUCGUCGUCUUGCUAUGGGAUUCUCACAGCUAUUCUGCAUUUUGGGAUGGCUUGCCAUAACAAUUGCAAAGAAUGCUUGGUGGCUUUACAUUGGAAGACUGUUGGUAGGAUGUGGGAUUGGCCUGCUAUCUUAUGUGGUACCGGUUUAUAUAGCAGAAAUAACACCAAAGAAUCUUAGAGGCCGAUUCACCGCAGUUCAUCAGUUAAUGAUUACCUGUGGGAUGUCAUUAACUUAUCUUAUUGGAGCAUUUGUAAAUUGGCGGACUUUGGCUCUAAUAGGAAUUGUUCCUUGUCUUAUACAGCUUCUCAGUCUUCCCUUUAUCCCGGAUUCUCCUAGGUGGCUGGCAAAGGUCGGCCGCUUGAAGGAGAGUGAUUCUUCAUUACAGCGCCUUAGAGGAAAAAAUACUGAUGUUUACAAAGAGGCCAAUGAAAUCAGAGAUUAUACCGAAGCCCUUCAGCAACAAACAGAGGCUAGCAUUAUUGGCUUAUUUCAAUUGCAAUAUUUGAAGUCACUUACAGUAGGACUUGGCUUGAUGAUACUACAACAGUUUGGAGGGAUUAAUGGCAUUGUUUUCUAUGCAAAUUCUAUAUUUACCUCUGCUGGGUUGUCGGAGAGUAUUGGAACUAUAGCAAUGGUUGCUGUUAAGAUUCCAAUGACAACUUUAGGAGUAUUUUUGCUGGAUAAAUCUGGAAGGCGACCACUUUUACUGUUGUCUGCAGUGGGAUCUUGCUUAGGAUGCUUCCUCGCAGCCCUAUCAUUCUUCUUGCAGGACAUACAUAAAUGGAAGGAAGUCAGUCCUAUUCUGGCACUUGUUGGUGUACUGGUCUACGUCGGAUUUUACUCGCUAGGCAUGGGAGCAAUUCCAUGGGUUAUAAUGUCUGAGAUAUUUCCUAUUAACGUGAAGGGCUCUGCUGGAAGCUUAGUAACCUUGGUUAACUGGUUAUGUUCUUGGAUUGUAUCAUAUGCUUUUAACUUCCUCAUGACUUGGAGUUCAACAGGAACUUUUCUUGGAUUUGCUGUUGUAUGCGGCUUCACCAUUAUAUUCGUAGCAAAACUAGUUCCUGAAACCAAAGGGCGUACACUAGAAGAAAUUCAAGCUUCUUUGAAUUCAAAUUCAAUGAAGAGAUGAGUUCAAUGUACAAAACACCCAGUAAGAAGUUUUCAAAAAUGGCAGAUUGAUUCUAAAUGAAGGUUUCAUGAAACAUCUUGCCCAUACAAAGAUGGAAAGCGCGUAAAUUGUAUUGUAAAGUCUCACAGUUAUUGUAUUGUAAAGUCUCACAAUUAUUGUAUUGUAAUAGUUUGUGAUUUUUACUCUUUUUUUUGUUGACAGAACGCGACUUUCACAUCCUUAGAAACAGAUGUUAAAUUAUACCAGAAAUUUUAUUGAUAUUAUACUCAA